AUGGCGUCUGCGCAUUGGAGCGCCGACGACCAGUCCCUGCUGGACAUUCUGCUGAUGACGGAUCCCGACGUGCAGCCAGGCUCGCCCGUCGUGGGCCACACCACGAAGCAGACAGCAAAGGAUUCGCCCAAGGGAAAACUCUCCGCCAUGGAGCGCCGUGCGAGACACCGCGAGGUGGUCAAGCGCGCUUAUCACCGCAACAAGGCGGCGCUGAAUAGCCUGAGGAACACAGUGAAGGAGCUCGAGGAGCAGCUUGAGAAGCUGUCAUUGUCCAAACAGAAGCAAACUGAGAAUGCAGCGCCCACAAGGAAUAGCACGGACGAAAUCCAGCGACGAUACGCGCUACUGACUAAUGAACAGGAGGAAUUGGGCAACGAGGCCGCACGACUCCGACUACUGCUCAACUACAGACAACAAUUUGCCAGCAACAUGGUGGUACUGGCCCAGAGAGCAGCCUCUAUCUCCUCGGACGACUCGGACCAGUCAGACACCGACUCAGAUACAGCCACGACGUCCUCAACUGCCUCAAUACUCGCCACGUCCCCGUCGUCGUCAUCUAUGUGUUUCGAUGCAAAUUCGCCGCUGGCGAUGCGUGGGAAUGGAUGCGACGUGUCUCCGUUGGACAUUACACAGAAGACCAAGACCCCGUUCUACAACGAGCCACGCCCGACACUUGUGGGACCGACCAUCACAGAGAAGACGCCGCUGUCGGUGGCCAUGAGGAAGCAACUGGGCUACAAACCGCUGAGCUUCAGCGAGUCCUCCGCACUCGUGAACGAGAUGUACCGCUGCAUUCUGUCCUUCUCGCUGAACGGCCAGGCUGUCAGCACAGGAGCGUGCAUCAUGGGUUGGGAGGACAAACGCUUGCUGGACGGAACGAGCCUCAAAUUUUCGUUACGCAAGGGAUUUCCUGGACAGAAUGCGCUGCAGCUGAUGACGAGCACAUGGCAGUGCUUCUCGGACCCGGAGUGCACAGAGACUAAGUUCCGCGGCCUCAUGACGCUCCGCAUCCUACAGCGCGUGGAUGAUGACACGAUCGUGGCUAUGCGCGAGUCCAGGAGCGAGGACGGCGCAAAGCUUUAUCGAUGCGUGUAUUUAUUGUUUCGCGUGCGCACUCGGAAGGGCUUUCUCAUCUGCGUGCAAUCGGUGGCACCCGGACGUCUUACCGACCCGACACUGAGCUCCGUCAGCAGAGACGGGGAGCCCGUGCACUGGACAGAGUUAGGAGGCUGGUUCUUUUUUGAGCCUACUGCGGAUGGGGAAGGAGCACAGAUCGAGUACGGUGGCUGCAUGGACUACGGAGACCACGAGUCGGUCGCCACGCUCGCCAUGAACACGCUGUCGAUUGUAUUCAAGUGGGAAAGCAUGAUGGUCGGCCCCAUCUUCACUCUGCCGCCGUCGUCAUGGUGA